UUAUCAACACAUUUGAGAGCCUGACCCAAACACUGAGAGAGAUUUUGCUGCAGCAAUGACUGUCAUAGAAGAAAGUCGCCCUUUUGCACAGCAGUUAUCCAAUGUCUACUUUACUAUACUUUCACUUUUUUGUUUUAAACUUUUUGUGAAGAUCAGCCUUGCUAUACUUAGCCAUUUCUACAUUGUGAAAGGAAACCGUAAGGAAGCAGCAAGGAUAGCUGCUGAAUUUUACGGAGUUCCUCAAGGACAAGGUUCUUGGGCAGAUCGCUCACCUCUGCAUGAGGCAGCCAGUCAAGGACGUCUUCUUUCUCUCAAGACUUUAUUGUCACAGGGGUACAAUGUAGACACACUAACAAUUGACCAAGUAACUCCACUUCAUGAAGCCUGCCUGGGAGAUCAUGUAGGAUGCGCAAGAAUCCUCCUUGAAGCAGGAGCAAAUGUAAAUGCUACAACAAUUGAUGGAGUGACACCUUUAUUUAAUGCCUGUUCGAGAGGCAGCGCAGCAUGUGCUGAGCUCCUGUUACAGUAUGGUGCCAAAGCUCAGUGGGAGUCCUGUCUGCCUUCGCCAACUCAUGAAGCAGCCAGCAGAGGUCACAGUGAAUGUCUGGAGGUACUGAUAUCCUGGGGUAUAGAUGUUGACCAAGACCUUCCUCAUUUAGGAACACCUCUGUAUGUAGCUUGCGUUUCACAGCAGAUCCAUUGCAUUCGAAAGCUUCUUUAUGCAGGUGCCAAUGUGCAGAAAGGAAAGCAUUUGCAAACUCCACUCCAUGCUGCUGCCCAGCAUUCUAGUACAGAGAUCGUAAACUUACUCCUUGAAUUUGGGGCAGACAUAAAUGCCAAAAAUUCAGAUUUUGAGAGGCCUGUUGAUUUAGCUGCUCCUAGCAGUUUAGUGGAGAGACUGCUGCUCUUCCAUGAAGCCACACCAUCCUCUCUGUGUCAGCUCUGCCGACUACGUAUCCGAAAUUACAUAGGAAGAGCUAGACUGCAUCUUGUUCCACAGCUCCAGUUGCCAACAAUACUGAAGAAUUUCUUACAGUACAGAUAACAUAGUAAUUAAGUGUUAGAAACUUAAAUAGCAAGUACUUUUUCUUCUCUCUGUUUAUUGUACAUUUUAUCUAAAGAACUGCUGGGCGGAAAAAGAGCCUUUUGCAUAUUGCUUAAAAAAAUUGUAUCUUUGACAUCUGAUGUUGGUAAUGUAAUAGUAACUGGGAGCCAUUCAGCAACUAGUACCAUGGUGCUAAUAAAGCUGAAUUGAAUAAGUGUGCUGAUACUCUGGGACGUGAUUAUAUAGCUUUACCUUAAUACUCAAUAGCUUUAGUGCUGUUAAUUUUGUGUUUAUAUUUUUAAAAUCUCUUUGACACACCUGAACCACAAAGAGUUUCUUCAUUAUUAUCUGUUAAGUUUGUCCAUUUGGAGUCAGUAUUGUAUGUGUUUUUAAAUUUCUAUUGUUCAUGUAUCUAAAAAUACUUGGUGAUAGGUGCGCUAUAUACAUUGAUAAAAAUAAAACGAUUGGAUGUCAUUUUUUUCUUUUUCUUUAUAUAGACAAUUAAUUAAUGAAAAACUUCCUUUAUUCUUCCUCACUGCCCGAGCUGUGAAAUGGAAUUAAGCUGCUGUGAAC